CAGGGAGGGUAACUGCUGCUUCGUCCAACUGGCUAGGCUGUCUCCAGUGGUCACGAAAAUUGCGCCGGCCCACGAGUGCGAGACGGAUGUUUUGAAUGAGUCGAGGGAUUGUUAAAUUGAAGGAUAAAUAAAUAAGGGAAGAUGUCGAAGACAGUAGGACGUUUCAAGGCUGCGCUCAAGUCGACAGAGAAAGUUGAUCACAGCAGGAAGUUGAGGACGAACAUCCUCGCGGGUUUAGCUGCCCCUAAUCCACCUCUUGGACCUCAACUGGGACAGAGAAACAUAAACAUAGGGAAUUUCAUAAAAGACUUCAACGAAAGAACUGCAAACAUCAAGGAAGGAAUUCCAUUACCAGUGAGGGUGAAGGUGCAUCCAGACAGAACGUAUGACAUGGUUAUUCACCAGCCCCCAGCGACGUAUUUCCUGAAGCAGGCAGCAGGGAUCCAGCGAGGAGCCAUGAAUUCAGGCAACGAAGUCGCUGGGAAAGUGACGCUGAGGCACCUCUACGAAAUCGCAAAAAUAAAAUCCCAAGAUCCACCUUUGACCCUGCUAACUCUUCAGCAGAUCACUCAGAUGCUCGUGGGCAUUGCUAGAACCUGUGGCAUUAAAAUCGUUCGGGAAAUAGAUCCUGACGAGUACGCUGUGUUCCUGAAGGAACGGGAGGCCAUUGUUGAGGAGCAGAAACAAGCGUUGCAGGCAGCCAAAGAAGCGAAAAUGCUUCGAACAGGAUAGUGAGUCACUUCCCAUUCUAAAUCUUCAUUCUCAUGACUUAUCAAUCCUCAGUUAACAAGACAUGAUAUUUUUUGUAGCCGAAAAAUUUACUGCAGAAAAUGUCUCCUGAUAUUUCCCUCUAAAUCUGCUCCUCACAUUAUUCAAUUUCCACUAAUUAAAUUAUCAUUUCUUCUUUUCAGGUGCGUUUCAUAUUAAAAUGAAUGUAAAUCCAGUGUUAAUUUUUCAAAGAUUGUAAUUAUAAAUAAACGUAAAAUUACCUGA